AUGUUGUGCCUGUUCAUCAUCCACAUCAAGAUCACCGUUGUCGAUCUCAUCACCCUCGACACGCUCGAGAUCGCGAAACGCGCCCAUGUGCCCCCGGCGGACGUGAGGCGGCUCGCCGCGAGUGUCGUCGAUGCCCUACACACCGAUUUGGGGGUCGAGAAAACGCCCAUAGACCCCUUGGAAGAUGAGCCUAGCUCCAGUAUCGAUCCCAGAGCAGUGUCGACUAGUUUCGGACCGUCCACGAGACUUCAGCCGAGAUGGAAUACUAUCAGCACUCUGGACUCCACCAUGGAUGGGCUUCUUGGAGGCGGGAUCCCCACAGGAUAUGUGACUGAGGUGACGGGCGAGAGUGGAAGCGGCAAGACCCAGUUCCUCCUCAACCUCCUCAUCAGCGUGCAGCUGGCAAAGCCACACGGACUGCGAAAGAACGCAAUAUACAUCUCAACCGAGCAUCCGCUGGCGACCAGCCGGCUUGCCCAGGUGCUAGAAUGCCAUCCGUACCUUUCUGCUCUCCCUGCAGGCCAGGCGCCCUCCCUCCAAAACAUACUGGCGAUCAACGCCAUGGACCUCGAAACGCAAGAGCAUAUCUUCAAUUAUCAGCUUCCAGUCGCGAUAAAGAGAUACAAUGUUGGCCUGGUUGUUGUGGACUCAAUUACAUCAAACUAUCGCGCUGAACGAACCAACUCCAACAUCUCUGCUCUGUCUCAUCGGUCCACAGAACUCGCUAAACUUGGCCAUAUGCUCCGCAAUCUUGCCGCAAAAGAAGACAUCGCCUUUGUGCUAGCCAACCAAGUAUCGGACCGGUUCGAUCGUAUUGAGACCGGCGAAGAUUGGGGCCCACGCCCCAAUAUUCCGCCUGCACUAAGCCAGAGUGCAGCUGCCCGGGACUCGGGUACAGCGUCCCCCCGCCCUCGCAAUAGAACGGAGAUCCUCGAACCUGCAACACAGUCACUACAAGAUGAGCCACCUUCAUCCCCCGCAUCGUCACAGUUCCCAGUCCCCGAAGACGACCAAUUCGACGGGACUUAUCUGCUCGGCAAUGCUGCGCGUAACGAAGCUAUGAGCUUAUUGCACCAGGAACGUUUCUUCACUGGUUGGGGUGACAGUCCUUGGUCUGCCACUUCGACCCUCAAGACGCCUGCUCUAGGCUUCUUUUGGUCCACACAGAUUGCAUGCCGAAUUGCUCUGAAAAGAGAACAGACGCGAAUUGCUAUCGCACCAUGGGGUGGUCGAUACCCCCUAUCCACUCCUAGAGAGCAGACGGAUAUCGGUCCGCAGGACACAGGAAAUGGGACAGAUCCGAGGCCCGGUUUCUUAUUGGCAAGUGAAAGCCAGACCGAGAACACAAAAGCUGAGCCAAAACCUCAGGUGCCUAUCCAGAGCGAGGAAGUGCCUGCUCUUCCCUCACCGCCAAUAACAGAAUCCCAAAAGCAUGCUGUUCUCUCGAAGUCUGAUUAUGUCACCAAACGGACCAUGAAAGUUGUCUUCGCUCCUUGGACUGCAGGUCCGAUGGAGUCGGACAAUGAAGACGAAGGAACGCCGAGACCCAGGGAAUCGUUGAGAGAAACGAAGUUUGAGAUAUGGAAGGGGGGUCUACGAAGUAUAUGA